UUAGUUUAGUUUAGGAUCUAUUGCACAGUUGGGUGCAUUUUCUAUACAGAACUAGAAAACCACUACAUAGACAUAAUGUUCAGUUUCAUAGUAAGUUGGUCCAUCGAUACGUGUGUACAGAACUGUGGUUUAGGGGGCUUUAUAGAAAUCGAAAUGACAAUCCUUGACAUCGUCGGGAGUGGAUUCCGAAAAUGCGGUCUCCAGUUGGUCCUGUUCUUCUACAUUGCCGGGUUGACCAUGCAGUUUCCCAUUUGGCAAAACAUGAUCAUCAACCGGCUCUGCCUGGAACGUUACAGGACGGACGUCUGUGACAACCUCUCCGAGAACCCUGAGGCAGAGUCCGACGUGCAGAUGGUUUCCUCACGCCUUCUCACCCUUCAAUCCAUCUUCACCGAUAUCCCUGGAGCCAUCGCGGCACUGUUGUUGGGCGCCCUCAGUGACACGAUCGGCCGGAAGCGGGUGCUGAUGUUCCCAUGCUGCGGUUCGCUUCUCGUAAGUCUCUUCCUAGUGGUGCAGUCCAUCGUCCCGGUCGUGUCCUUACCCUUGGUCAUCAUGAGCUGCUUCAUUUUUGGCGUCGGCGGAGGGAUACAGACCUUCAUGACCACCGCUGUGAACAUCAUCACAGACAACACUCCCGUGGAGAAGCGAGCAGUGCGUAUAAGCCGCAUCAUGCCUUUCUUCGGUCUCGGGAUGAUCGUCGGCAUGCUGUCCUCGGGAAUCCUUCCUCAAUUCCUUUCCAUCACUCAAGUCUACCUCCUCUUCGCCGCAUCCCAGUUCUUCGUCGUCGCCAUCGUUUACCUCUUCAUCGACGAAACUCUUCCAAAGGAUGAGGCCGCAUCGAGCAAUGACGGCGUCGUCAAGGAGAUCAAGGACAGGAAAAACAGCCGUCUGGGCGUCGUCAUGGAUUCGAUCGAACUCGUCUGGAGUAGCCUUACAUCAGGAAUCCAAGUACUCACAUCAAAAGAGAAUCGCCAAUUUCGAACAGUUCUUAUAGUUGUGUUGGUUACAGGGAUGAUCGGUAAUGCAUCAUCAAUGGUUGAAUUUAACCUGCUUCUCCUGUACACCAAACGAGCGCCCUUCGCGUGGUCGCCCAAGCUCUACGGUAUCUUUUCGGCCUUCAAGAGCCUGAUGGGCAUCAUCGGCCAGGCCGUCGGUACCGGGGUCGUCCUGGGUCUGCUUGGCGAGCGCUCUCUCAAGAAAGACUUCAGGCUGCUCCAGUACGGCUCAAUAUCUGCCAUAUUGGUCUGUCUUUUUACCGCUUAUGCUACGUCUACAAAGCUCCUGAUGUUUGCUGCCAUAUUUGUCCUGAUCGGAGCUCCGUCAAAGUCAGCGAAUGGCUCCAUAGUGUCUCGCCUGGUUAGCCCAAGUAAGAAAGGUGCAUUCAUGGCACUAGGAUCCUUCUUGAACACCUUGACCACGCCCAUCUUGGGUGGUAUAUACAAUGGUAUAUAUGCCUCAUCAGUUGAUACACGCCCUGGUCUCGUGUUCGUCAUUAUGGCUGUGGUCCAUGCCUUCGCCUUCUUUGCCGUCAGAUAUGCGCUUACAAAGACACCAGAUUCCAAUUCGAUCGGCGAGAAAACAAAUUAGCAAAACCAGUUGCACCAAUGUUCCUCCACAAAUGGACUUACUAAUCCAGUGUUGCAUUAAGUAGGCCACUUUCGUAAUGUAACCAAAUUCAUAAGUGUCUUGAUACGAAUUAUUUCAUUCACCUAGAACGAAAAAUUGUAUUUCGAUUGUCAGAUUGCAAAUUCGAUAUAUUAGGUGCCGUUGGGUAGGGCGAGCCAAAAUGUUUGUCCUACAUAGCAACCACUAGCAACAACAACUAAUUUAUGUUAUUUAUAUUCUAUUUAGACUAUUGGGAUACUAUUUUGUUCGUAACAGGUGAAUGAAAUAAUUCGUAUCGAGACACUUCACAAAGGCAUAUGCAUAAAUUUGGUUACAGUACGAAAAUGGCCAAUUCACGAUCGAACUCAAUCGACCCGCCUUCAUGAAUUAUUCAUAGAUCUCUGUGACUGGGACUGAAAGGUUUGAAAAUGAAUAUGAGAUGCAUCCGUUCUAAACCGGGGAUUUUAGCCUCUUUUUAAGAGCACAGUUUUUAUUCAUGAUUUUUCAGUUUUAUAUUUGGGAGGGGGGUGGGUGGAGGCAAUGAUUGCUUCCGGGCCAACAAUAUAUUCAUAUUUGAUAUGCCGAAGUCGCCAACUUUCAGUCGAUUUGAAUACUAAUCAUGCUUCAAAAUGUACCUUUUCAUAAUCUUCUUCGACUAGUUUCUUUUAUAUAUAUAUAUAUAUAUAUAUAUAUAUAUAUAUAUAUAUAUAUAUAUACUGUAUAAAUACAUUUUAAUAGACCUAUAACUUUGUAUUUUGUUCGCGUAACUCAAUUUUUCAUUCCUUGUAACGUUUUAUAAAGUUUUGACGGUACACAUUAUGACGAUUAUUAACGAAAAAAAAAAUCAGCUUUUAUAUGAAAAUAAGUUGCUUUAUUCAGAUUAUAUUACAUGUUAUAUAUUAUGAAGAAGUAAAACCAAAACCUUUAACAUUCCA